AUGUUUGCGGUACACUUGUUGGCCUUUUACUUCACCAAGCUGAAGGAGGACCAGAUCAAGAAGGUGGACAGGUUCCUGUAUCACAUGCGGCUCUCCGACGAGACCCUUCGGGACAUCAUGGCGCGGUUCCAGGCUGAGAUGCAGAGGGGCCUGGGGAAGGACACCAACCCCACAGCCUCCGUGAAGAUGCUGCCCACCUUUGUCAGGGCCAUUCCCGACGGCUCAGAAAAUGGGGAGUUUCUUUCCCUGGAUCUUGGAGGAUCUAAGUUUCGAGUCUUGAAGGUACAAGUCUCUGAAGAGGGGAAACAAAAGGUCCAGAUGGAGAGUCAGUUCUACCCAACACCCAAUGAAAUCAUCCGUGGGAACGGCGCAGAGCUGUUUGAAUACGUGGCUGACUGUCUGGCGGAUUUCAUGAAGACCAAAGGGUUGACGCAUAAGAAAUUGCCCCUGGGCCUGACCUUUUCUUUUCCCUGCAGGCAGACUAAGUUGGAAGAGGGUGUCCUGCUUUCAUGGACCAAGAAGUUUAAGGCCCGGGGAGUCCAGGACACAGAUGUAGUGAGCUGUCUAACCAAAGCCAUGAAAAACCACAAGGACAUCGAUGUGGAUAUCCUGGCCUUGGUCAAUGACACCGUGGGAACCAUGAUGACCUGUGCCUAUGAUGACCCCUACUGUGAAGUUGGUGUCAUCAUUGGCACCGGCACCAACGCGUGCUACAUGGAGGACAUGAGCAACAUUGACCUGGUGGAAGGCGACGAGGGGCGGAUGUGCAUCAACACGGAGUGGGGGGCCUUUGGGGACGACGGGGCCCUGGAAGACGUCCGCACGGAGUUCGACCGGGACCUGGACCUCGGCUCUCUCAACCCGGGGAAGCAGCUGUUUGAGAAGAUGAUCAGCGGCCUGUACCUCGGCGAACUCGUCAGGCUCAUCCUGGUGAAGAUGACCAAGGCAGGCCUCCUGUUUGGCGGCAGGAAGUCCUCCAGUCUCCACACUAAGGGCAAGAUUGAAACACGGCACGUGGCGGCCAUGGAGAAGUAUAAAGAAGGCCUUGCCAACACACGGGAGAUCCUCACGGACCUGGGCCUGGAGCCCUCGGAGGCCGACUGCGUUGCGGUCCAGCACGUCUGCACCAUCGUCUCCUUCCGCUCGGCCAAUCUCUGUGCGGCGGCCCUGGCGGCCAUCCUGACUCGCCUCCGGGAGAAUAAGAAGCUGGUGCGGCUCCGGACCACGGUGGGCGUGGACGGCACCGUCUACAAGAUACACCCUCAAUACCCCAAACGCCUGCACAAGGUGGUGAGGAGACUGGUCCCGAACUGUGACGUCCGCUUCCUCCUGUCGGAGAGUGGCAGCACCAAGGGGGCGGCCAUGGUGACGGCGGUGGCCUCCCGCGUGCAGGCCCAGCGGAAGCAGGUGGACCGGGUGCUGGCUCUGUUCCGGCUGAGCCGAGAGCAGCUCGUGGGCGUGCGGGACAAGAUGCGGGCUGAGCUCGAGUACGGGCUGAAGAGGGCCACCCACCUGCGGGCCACCGUCAAGAUGCUGCCCACCUACGUCUGCGGGAUGCCGGACGGCACAGAGAGAGGAAAUUUCCUCGCCCUGGAUCUGGGGGGAACCAACUUCCGCGUCCUCCUGGUGAAGAUCAGAAGUGGCCGGAGGUCAGUGCGAAUGUACAACAAGAUCUUCGCCAUCCCUCUGGAGAUCAUGCAGGGCACCGGCGAGGAGCUGUUUGACCACAUCGUGCAGUGCAUCGCCGACUUCUUGGACUACAUGGGUCUCAAGGGAGCCCCGCUGCCUUUGGGCUUCACGUUCUCAUUUCCCUGCAGGCAGACAGGCAUCGAUAAGGCGACACUCAUUGAGUGGACCAAAGGCUUUAAGGCUACUGACUGUGAAGGGGAAGACAUGGUGGAUAUGCUCAGGGAAGCCAUCAAGAGGAGAAACGAGUUUGACCUGGACAUAGUUUCAGUUGUGAAUGACACAGUGGGGACCAUGAUGACCUGUGGCUAUGAAGACCCUAAUUGUGAGAUUGGCCUGAUUGCGGGAACGGGCAGCAAUAUGUGCUACAUGGAGGAGAUGAGGAACAUAGAGGUGGUGGAAGGGGACGAAGGGAAGAUGUGCAUUAACACGGAAUGGGGAGGAUUUGGAGAUAACGGCUGCAUAGAUGACAUCCGGACCCAAUAUGACAAGGAGGUGGAUGAGGGGUCCUUGAAUCCCGGUAAACAAAGAUAUGAGAAAAUGACCAGCGGGAUGUACCUGGGGGAGAUUGUGCGGCAGAUCCUGAUUGACCUGACCAAGCAGGGUCUCCUCUUCCGGGGGCAGAUUUCAGAGCGUCUCCGGACCAGGGGCAUCUUUGAAACCAAGUUCCUGUCCCAGAUUGAAAGCGACCGGCUGGCCCUCCUCCAGGUGAGGAGGAUCCUGCAGCAGCUCGGCUUGGACAGCACGUGUGAGGACAGCAUCGUGGUGAAGGAGGUGUGUGGAGCCGUGUCCCGUCGGGCGGCCCAGCUCUGUGGCGCCGGCAUGGCUGCCAUCGUGGAGAAAAGGAGGGAAGACCAGGGGCUUGAGCACCUGAAGAUCACUGUGGGCGUGGACGGCACCCUGUACAAGCUGCACCCUCACUUUUCUUGGAUAUUGCAGGAAACUGUGAAAGAACUAGCUCCUAAAUGUGAUGUGACAUUCAUGCUAUCAGAAGAUGGGAGUGGAAAGGGAGCCGCUCUGAUCACUGCUGUGGCCAAGAGGUUGCAGCAGGCACAGAAGGAGAACUAGGAAGCUCUCGUGGUUGGGCCCAAUGCGCCUUGGAUACCGACAAGCCUUCCUUCUGGCAGAUGAGUGGAUCAGGGAC